AUGGAUUUAGUGAAUUACCUUCAAGACAGGCUCAUGUUUGCAGUCCCAAAGAAGGGACGUUUAUAUGAGACGGCACUCAACCUUUUGAAAGGUGCAGAUAUUCAGUUCCACCGAUCAAAAAGACUAGAUAUAGCCAUCUGCCUUAACUUGCCGAUCGCUUUGAUCUUUUUGCCAGCAGCAGACAUCCCUACCUUCGUUGGUGAAGGUAGAUGUGAUAUUGGUAUAACUGGCAAAGAUCAGGUGAUGGAAAGCAACGUUGAUGUGGAUCUGGGACUUGAUCUGCGAUUUGGAAAGUGCAAGUUGCAAAUCCAGGUUCCAAGAAACGGCCCAUACAAAAAGCCAGAGGAGCUUAUUGGAAAGACGAUUGUGUCGACUUUUGUCAACCUUACAAAGCAAUAUUUCGAGAAACUCGAAGGUGUGAAGCCUGGUGAGCCUUUGAAGACCAAGAUCAAAUAUGUUGGAGGCUCUGUGGAAGCUUCGUGUGCUUUGGGAGUUGGAGAUGCCAUUGUUGAUCUUGUGGAAAGUGGCGAGACCAUGAAGGCUGCUGGAUUGCACCCAAUCGAGACAGUUUUGAGCACAUCGGCCCACCUUAUUGUCUCAAAGCAUCCAUCACACCCAGAAUUGGUGGAAGUUAUAAAAUCGAGAAUGGAAGGUCUCUUGGCAGCACAGAAGUAUGUUCUCUGUAACUACAAUGCUCCUAGAAACAAGCUUCCAGAGUUGCUUAAGGUGACACCAGGAAGAAGGGCAGCUACCGUUUCCCCAUUAGAGGACGAUGACUGGGUUGCAGUUUCCAGUAUGAUCCAGAGAAGUGACAUGGCCAACAUUUUGGAUCAGUUGAAAUCUUUAGAUGCCAGUGACAUUCUUGUCACAUAUCAGUUUGCAGAGUGCCUACAGCAUAAAUUUGAGGAAAGCAAUCGACAUUUGUCAAUCGCCUCGUAUAGUAAGGCAAAAGCAUUGGAUAGUGCAUUCAGUUUGAUGAGUAGCAUCGAUCAUACAGCAGGUACACACAACCAGAGAAGCAUUGCAAGGAAUAGCAGCAAGAGUUUUCAACAGGACAGUGCACAUUACACGGACGACCCGGCAGCCGAUUAUUGGAAAAGUGAAUUAGAGGAGUCGAAGAAGGGUGAAGGGGAGGAAGUGAGGGAGGAUAAAGAAGAUAGAGGAAGGAGUAACAGGCAAGAGAGUGAAAGUACAGAAGGCCACAAAAGCAAGAGUCAAGAAAGGCCAGGAAAUCGAGAAAGUCAAGAGGGAGUUUGGUCAGGCAAUAUAACCAGCAACAGUCAAAGUAAUAGCAACAACAACCUGGCAGGAUUUAAUUUGGACAGAGACUUCGAAUCGACGCUCAACGCGGCUUUGCAGAGCAUAGACGCGAACCCGGUGGUUCAGCAGGCGGGCCAGCAGCAUUCGGGCCGCCAGACAGAGUCCGUGUCGCUGCAUUCGUGGGGGAUGAGCGAGGGGCAGUCGGCGUACCAGUCGACGAACGAGGUGGCGCGCGGGGAGGGCCCACCGUCAGGGUUCAGGGACGAGGGGGCUGACCGAGAGGGGUUGGUUGGAGUUUGGCCGGGCGCAGGGAGUACCGGGCACGGAGGGCGCAUGAGCGCAGGUGCAGCAGGCUCAGCAGGCUCAGCAGGCGCAAUUGGCGCAAUUGGCGCAGGGGGUGAAGUUAGCACGAGAGGCGCGCGCCCCACGUCCGGGUGGAAGGGGUACGUCGCCCGGGUUUUCCCGAACAUCUUCGAGGCCCUGGAGGAGGCCCGGCGAUCGCCCCGGCAGAGCACCGGACAGCCCCGGGACAGAGUGGUGUAUCCCGGGAUGCCCAGCGGGCAGUUCGCGAGCAACGCGAUUUCAAACGCAAAGUACAACGCGUUGACAUUCCUUCCGAUGACGUUGUACGAGCAGUUCAAGUUCUUCUUCAACCUGUACUUUCUCUUGGUGGCGUUGUCGCAGGCGAUUCCGGCGCUUCGCAUAGGCUAUCUCUCGUCUUACGUUGUGCCGCUAGCAUUUGUGUUGGCGGUGACCCUCUGCAAGGAGGCGGCGGACGAUAUCGGGCGGCGGCGGCGGGACAGCGAGCAGAAUAACGAGCGGUACGAGGUGGUGGGGGAGGAGGCCCCGGUGAAGGCCCGGGACUUGAAGUGUGGGGACGUGGUGAGGCUCCACAAGGGGGUCCGGGUGCCGGCGGACGUGGUGUUGGUGCAGUCGAGCGAGAGCUCCGGGGAGGUUUUCGUGAAGACGGACCAGUUGGACGGCGAGACGGACUGGAAGCUCCGGGUGGCGUGCCCGGUGACACAGGGCGUGCCCGUGGAGGAGCUUCGGGGCAUCCGUGCCCGGGUGGGCCCGCCGUCGAAAAGCAUCCACGGGUUCGUGGGGCAGCUGCACCGGGGCCCGGAGUCCAUCGGGCUGACCGUGGACAACACGGCGUGGGCCAACACGGUGGUGGCCAGCGGUACCGCAGUGGGCCUCGUGGUGUACACCGGGCGGGACACCCGGCAGGCGAUGAACACGUCGGCACCCCGGGCCAAGACCGGGCUCCUCGAGCUCGAGAUCAACGGCAUCUCCAAGAUUCUCUGUGCGAGUGUCUUCGUGCUCUCCGUCGGGCUCGUUGCCGCCACCGGGUUCCAGUCUCACAGUUGGUACCUGGACGUGAUGCGUUUCUUGAUCUUGUUUUCGACCAUCAUCCCGGUGUCUCUCCGGGUCAACCUUGACCUCGGCAAGUCCGUCUACGCGCACCAGAUCCAGCACGACCGCCACAUCCCGGGCACCGUCGUCCGGACCAGCACCAUCCCGGAGGACUUGGGCCGCAUCGAGUAUCUUCUGAGCGACAAGACCGGCACCUUGACCCGGAACGUCAUGGAGCUCAAGAAGUUGCACCUGGGCAGCGUCUCGUACGCCGGGGAGGCUCUGGAGUUCGUGUCGCAGGCCGUGGCCAGGGAGAGUUCCAAUGCUGGAAAUGCCCCCUCCCGGGGUUUCAGGGCGUCCCGGGCAUCCCGGGCUGCAGCCCUCGUGCUCACCUUGGCCGUGUGCCACAACGUCACGCCCACGUACGAUUCCGGGGAUCUCGAGUACCAGGCAUCGUCGCCCGACGAGAUCGCAAUCGUGCAAUUCACGCAGGCGAUGGGUCUGGCGUUGGUGAGCCGGGACCGGCACGGGCUGGCCCUCCGGCACGGUGCGACGGGGAAAAUCCAGAAAUUCGACAUCUUGCAGACUUUCCCCUUCAGCUCCGACACCAAGCGGAUGGGGAUCGUGGUCCGGGACGUGGCGUCGGGCCAGAUCUGGUUCAUGGAGAAGGGUGCAGACACGGUGAUGGCCAAGAUCGUGGAGAAAAACGACUGGCUCGAGGAGGAGGCCAGCAAUAUGGCCCGGGAGGGUCUCCGGACGUUGGUGGUGGGCCGCAAGCGGGUGGCCCCGGAGGUGUACGGGGAGUUCGCCCGGGAGUACCGGGCAGCCUCGCUGUCGAUGGCGGGCCGCGACGCCGCAAUGGCCGCCGUGGUGUCCCGGUACUUGGAGCACAGCCUGGAGCUCCAGGGCCUCACCGGGGUCGAGGACCGGCUCCAGGAGGGCGUGAAGUCCAGCAUCGAGUCGCUGCGUAACGCCGGGAUCAAGAUCUGGAUGCUCACGGGCGACAAGGUGGAGACCGCGCGGUGCGUGGCCGUGAGUGCGAAGCUAAUUGCCCGGGGUCAGUACGUGCACACGGUGGAGGGGGUCGGAGAAAGCCGGGAUGAUGUAGACGGACAAAACCGGAACGCCCACCUCGACUAUCUCCUCGCCAACCCGGGCUGCUGCCUCCUCAUCGACGGCCAGUCCCUCGCCUACUACAUGGCCACCCCGGCCCGCCGUACGCACUUCUGCCGUGCCGUCGUUCCCCUCCCCGCGGUGAUUGCCUGCCGGUGCACACCGCAGCAAAAAGCAGACGUGGCAUCGCUGAUCAAGAAUGCAACCGGCAAGCGUGUGUGCUGCAUUGGUGACGGUGGAAAUGACGUCAGCAUGAUCCAGUGUGCAGACGUGGGUGUCGGAAUUGUGGGCAAGGAGGGUCGGCAGGCGUCGCUCGCCGCCGAUUUCUCCAUCACGCAGUUCUGCCACCUCACAAAGCUCCUUCUCUGGCACGGCCGGAAUUCCUACAAGCGGAGUGCCAAGCUCGCGCAGUUCGUCAUCCACAGGGGGCUCCUCAUCUCCGUCUGCCAGGCUAUGUACUCCAUCUGCUCCGCCUUUGCACCGCUUGCCCUCUUCCAGGGCUGGCUCAUGGUCGGUUACGCCACGCUCUACACCAUGGCCCCUGUCUUUUCGCUCGUGCUCGACUACGACGUCGGCGAGGACUUGGUCACGCUUUACCCGGAGCUCUACCGCGAGCUCACGGGCGGCUCUGCCCUCUCCUACCGCACCUUUUUCGUCUGGACGGCCGUCUCACUCUACCAGGGGGGUGUUAUCCAGGGCCUCGCACAGCUUUUCACCGGGCUUGAUGAGUCUCUCUUCACCUCCAUGGUCGCACUCAGCUACUCCGCAUUAAUCAUCAACGAGCUUGUCAUGGUUGCUCUCGAGGUCCACACUUGGUCCCAUCUCAUGGCCUGGUCUCAUCUCGUCACUCUUGCCGCCUACAUCGGCUCGUUUCCGUUCCUCUCCGAUUACUUCGAUCUUCACUACGUUGCCUCUUUCUCCUUCUGCUGGCAGUUGGCCUUCAUCCUUACCCUUUCAUUACUUCCCAUCUGGGGUGCCAAGGCUCUUACCCGGAGGCUCCAUCCUCCUACUUAUGCCAAGGUCCAGCAGGCUUAG